AGCACCUCAAGAGCCCUCCAGUCACAGAGAGCGAGAGAGAGAGAGAGAGAGCAGGUACCUCCACCUGCUGGUCACUGCUAUAACUACAGCCAGGCGGAGCAACACAUCAUUCAUUACCGACCAGUCCAGAUUGAAGGAGGACGGAGAGGCAAGCCGUGAAAGCGAACAGAUGUGAACUGGACUACGAAAAGACAACAAGCUGCAGUGAAGACGGAGAACCUUUGAGUCUGCUAACAUGUGGCAACCCGCGUCGGAGCGACUGCAGCACUUCCAGACCAUGCUGAAGACCAAGCUAAAUGUGCUGACGCUUAGGAAGGAGCCGCUGCCCACGGUGAUCUUUCAUGAGCCGGAGGCCAUCGAGCUGUGCUCCACCACGCCACUAACAAAGAACAGACCCCAUGCUGGAUACAAGGUGAACUACUUGGGUAAAGUGACAAUUUCUGGGACUCAGUUCCUGUCUGGUUGCACAGAGUCGGCAGUUGUGGGUCUGGUGGAGCAUCGAGCCCUCACUCAGCAACAAGGCAUCUGCCCAGCGGGCAGCUCCCUGCUGGAGAUUCGUCCCUUCCAGGUGCGUCUUCACCACCUGGAUGGGCAUGGCGAGGCCUCAGUAACCAUGGACACAUACCAGGUGGCACGAAUCGCCUACUGCACAGCCGACCAUAGCGUCAGACCCAAUAUAUUUGCCUGGAUCUACCGGGAAAUCAAUGACGACCUGUCCUUCCAGAUGGACUGCCACGCAGUGGAGUGUGAGAGCAAGCUAGAGGCCAAGAAGCUGGCACACUCAAUGAUGGAGGCUUUCCGCAAGACUUUCCACAGUAUGCGCAGCGAUGGCCGCAUUCACAAGAGUGGGUCGUCAGACGACUUUGCGGAGGACUCUUCCACCCCUGAAGACUCGACACCUGAUGACGGUUGAACUGAUAAUGACCCAAACUCCUGAUCCCAUCCUAACAGAGUCAGGGGGGACUGGAAGGAUGGACAGAUUACCCUCUCUCUCUCUCUCAUUCUCCCAUACUAUCACUUUCUGUUAUCAAUUUGGAUCAAAAUUAAUGACUGUGAAUCAUCACGCCCUGGAUUAUGAAGUAGCUUUUAAACACCGUAAAGAGAUGAUAGAGGAAAAGAAUUACAAUAGACCUACAUGUGCAUACAGGGAAAGCAAAGUGCUGCCACUUUGUAUGAAAGGCCCUCAACAACCCACAGGGGCCUUUUAAGCACCUCUGUAAACGCCCUCAAGAGAUUAACUCAACAUUUCCUCUUGCAACCACUGUCAAAUCAGACACACUGUUUGUGGUUCUUAAGCUUUUUUCAUCCCAAACGACAAACUGUGUAGUCUGUACCCCUGACUCCAGCUAAUGACAAACUGUUACUUUUCUUGCCAUAUAGGGACCCAGCAGAAAUAGGCCUGUCACCUAUGCAGGGUCCUAACCCAGUUUAUGAGACUGUUGGAGCACAUACAUUCUUGAAAUGUUUAAUUACAUAGAUCUCUGUAAUAAUGCCUUCAACCUUGGUAAUAGCAGAUGAGGAUGUGAAAGAUAAAGCUAAGCCUUUAAGCACUAUUCAUAUCAUAACUAUGGUAUCGAAGUCCAAUCCCCAAAAAUGUUCCACCGGCAUAGCUGGUACUUCUGUGGGCUGUGGAGCCAGGGCUUCUAUCACUGCCUCCAUGUAAUAGGUACUCAGAGAUUCAGAGUAUGUGUAAGGCAUCUAAGAUAGUAUAGGUGCUAUAUUAUAAAGUUCUCACCGGGUUGAAAGCCUGGACCUCUCUGCGACACCUUAAUCAUCCACAUCUGACUUCAGUUUUGAGUAUACCAAAAUUCCAGGCUGGAUUCCUGCCUGUCAGAUAUGUGCCUCACUUUCCUCUCACAUAACUUUGGUCUCUUACCCUGGUCCAAGUGUGUAUGUGUGGCCAUGUGUGCGUGCUUACCUUUCUGUUUAGUUUGUUUUUCCGUGUGUGUAGGUGUAAUUGCUUGCUCCUGUACUUUGUGUAUAUGAAUGUACACGUGAGCGCUUGCAUCUCUGUGUAUGAAAGAGAAAAGAGGAGGAAGAUUAUAGGGGGGUAAGGGGUAUUCUAUGAUUGGCUGGAAGUGAAGACUUCUCAUUGCCCUUUGAAGGAUCCAUUUUUAUGCUAAAAGGAGGUGUUCUAGAAAAUCAGACAUGGUACUGUGAUUAGCCACGUUGACUUAUUUCUAUCUGAAAACAUGAGUCUGACUGAGCCACUCGAUGAGGCUGUAGGACCCGGAAACACAGCCGUCCAAGGUAAAGAAUGACACCUCCUGAUGAAUGUUCGAUGAGUCCGACGUGCUGUGAGCACCUCACGCCAUCUCCAUUCAGUCUCCCAUGAUCUUGUCAUGCUGUAAGGGACAGUCAGUGACCGGUUUCACUCUGCUCUGCUGCUCCGCUUCGCCUCUCUGUAAGCGACUGAGACUCCAUUGUUGGGCAAAAACUCAUCAGAGCUCCACACUUCCUUCUUUUUAACUGGACUGCAAUGACCGAACCGGACACUAUCAGUGGAAAGUGAUUUUAACAGAACAAUCAGGAGGCUCUGGUGGACACAUACACACUCCAGUAUAUACACAUACAAUUAUACAUAUGUACACACACAUUGUAUUUGAUUCUUGUUCAAUAAGCUUCUGUAAAUACAAAUGUAUCACUUUCCAAAUAUUACAGCGUAAAUGUGGAUAGCUAUUUUAAAUAAUAAAAAAAGUUGACAACCAUCAUACGAUACGGAAACAGUGUUAUAAAGCCUACUGUGAAUUAUGAGGUGUGAGCCUGAUAGAGGUGGCUGUGUGUAUGUGUGUGUGUCUGUGUGUGUGUGUGUGUGUGAGUGAGUGUGUGUGUAUGUUUGGAAGGUGUUGUAUGUGGUGAGAAGCAUGAUGAGGGGUGUGUAUGGAGAGGCCUGAGGGGGAGAAUGUUUAUAAAGCUGUAGAUUACUGUGUCAUGUCUGUCUGAAAGCUCAGACGCGCUUUAAAUGUUCGACAAAUGUUACCUUAAGUGUUUUCUAUACAGUGUUUGCAAAGAUCAAGAAACGAUUGCAUAUAAAGUAUCUACUAAGACCAAG